AUCGCCGGUGCACAGGGCCCGGCCCCGCCCCGCCGCCUCAGCGCUGCCCGGUGCCGGCGGCGCCCCGGAGCGUCCCGCGGCGCUGCCUUCGCUCUGCCCUGCCCGAGGCGAGGAAUGGCUGAGUAACGCCUUAUCCUUGAGGAGAAAAACCUGACAUUCCUGAAAAUGGCAGCUGAGACAUCCACAGAAGUUGCAGAAACAGCUAAACAAUUUGUCCUUAAGGAAGAGGUAAUUGUAGAAAGACAAUGGUUGAAGCUUGCAGAAACAACGUACACUGAUCCCUUUGGGAAAACCAGAACUUGGGAAACUGUAAAGCGUACUGGCAACAAAAAGGGAGUUACAGCUGAUGGUGUAGCAGUGAUAGCAGUACUGCAGAGAACCCUGCACUACGACUGCAUUGUUCUGGUGAAACAGUUCAGGCCCCCAAUCAAUGGCUACUGCUUGGAAUUUCCUGCAGGCCUCAUUGAGGAAAACGAGUCAGCAGAAAGUGCUGCACUUCGAGAGCUGAAGGAAGAGACUGGCUACAAGGGGGAAGUCAUUGAAUGUACUCCAGCUCUGUGCUUGGACCCAGGAAUGUCAAACAGCACAACACACAUUGUGAGCGUCAUCAUUAAUGGAGAUGAGGCUGAGAACACAAGACCUAAGCAAAACCUUGGUGAGUUUUGUACCAUUUAUUUGAAAAUAUUGAGAAGAUAACAAAACAAUGGGUUUAAAAAAAUUAACCCCACCACUUCAUCUCUUCUGUCCUAGCUGAUUUGGAUACUGCACAUCCUUCCAAUCACAUCCUGCAGUCUAGAUGAGUGUGUCUCUGCUGAAUCCACUGGGGAAGCCCAGAUGUGAAGUGUCAGCUGUUGGCACUCUCAGAAUAAAACAUUUCAGUGCCAAAUUUCAGUGAGGGCCAUAAGCACUUGUGAACCUAGAUUACUGCUCUCAGUUGAAGCUUUACUCUGGAAAAAAUUGCAGUGUCACUCACAGUCAGUUAGCCAUCAAAUGCAUUUUAAUUGUAAACUCUGGUGUAUUUUAACCCCUUAUCUCACUACUCUUUUCAC